AUGGGAGACACGUCGAUACGAAGUGACGAAUACUGCCCGCAUUGCGAUAACCACUUUGUGAUCGAGGCGGUGACGCCGAAGCCGGCAUUGCAGGUGGAGGGCGAAGAUGCUCGUAUUGACAACAGAAUGCUCAAGGAUGACCGAGUCCGUGGCCACCAGGAGCGCUCGAUCUUCAGCAUCACAGAUGACGCGGAUCGCCUGGGAUAA